AUGAACUUUAUGAAUACUCAUUCACAAUUCAACUUUUCAAGGAAAUCAUUGCCUAGACCUUUAAUAUCGAGGUAGCUGACAAGGGAGAAGAGUUAACCAAGUGUUAAUCAGAAAGCCCCCUCAGCUAAAUUUCGUAUUUCCAAUGCGAAUUAUCAAAUGAAUAGAGAGAAGAUUUAAAAAGCUAAUGGAAAUUAUUUUAGUCAGCAUGAUGAUACAGGUGGUAGCACGAAGAUGUCGAAAGCACACAUUUAAUAACUGUUGAAAAAGAAUGAAAUAGAGUUUAAGUAGUCUUUAUUUGAUCAGGAAGAUAAGGAGGAGGAACUCUAAUUUGUGUUGUUAUGUUAAACAAUUGAAAAACUGUUGUGA